UUCUCUCUGUCCACUCGUUCUUGCUCCAAUUUGCUCGUCCCGCUUUUCCAAUUUGCUCGUGAGCUCACGGGGAGAAAGCGUAAAGGGUUGGUUCCCACGCCUCAUAAAUUUACCUCUAGAAUGCUCCGGAACAUUUCGUCGAGCAAUUGGUAAUCACUAGUUCGAUUUUCCAGUGUAGCGAUCGGUUUUCCUGGCCGAGCGAGGAGCUUUAGCAUUGAGGAGCCACAGAGGGAUUCGAUCGAGAUAGCAGGAGGAGGAAACCGAUACAAGAGGAAGAGCGAGAGCGGCGCGAAUGGAAGGGGCAAUGGAGGAUCACGGCGAGAGGAGGAAUAUGGUGGGGAAUGAUAUCGAGAGCAUGAUGGAAGGCAGAGGAAAUGAGAUGGAUGGUGAUUACUACUACGCUUCCAUGGUUUCCGAUACCGAGAAAGGGAUUCGGCAGCCUUUGCUUCUGCGAAAACGAACGAUGAACACCACCUCUCAGAUAGCGGUGGUCGGUGCUAAUGCCUGCCCCAUCGAGAGCCUGGAUUACGAGAUUGUGGAGAAUGAUUUGAUUAAAGAGGACUGGAGGUCGAUGAAGAAGGUUCAGAUUUUUCAGUACGUGUUUCUCAAGUGGACGCUUGCUUUGCUGAUAGGUUUGGCCACUGGAACCGUUGGAUUCUUCAACAAUCUUGCGGUUGAGAACAUUGCCGGGUUUAAAUUUGUGUUGACAAAUAAUCUCAUGCUUGAGCAUAGGUACUUACUGGCAUUUGUGGCUUUUGCUAGUUGUAAUCUAGUUUUGGCCGCUGCAGCGGCUGCCCUUUGUGCUUAUGGUGCUCCAGCUGCAGCUGGGUCUGGUAUUCCUGAAGUUAAAGCUUAUCUCAAUGGCAUCGAUGCACACUCUAUUUUGGCUCCUAGUACACUUUUCGUAAAGAUUUUUGGUUCAAUUCUUGGAGUUUCUGCUGGGUUUGUGGUGGGUAAGGAGGGGCCUAUGGUUCACACUGGAGCAUGUAUUGCCAACUUACUAGGUCAGGGUGGUUCUCGCAAGUACCAUUUGACAUGUAGAUGGCUUAGAUACUUUAAAAGUGAUCGUGAUCGGCGGGACUUGAUCACCUGUGGAGCUGCUGCUGGUGUGGCAGGGGCUUUCAGAGCUCCUGUUGGUGGGGUUCUCUUUGCUCUAGAAGAAGCAGCUUCUUGGUGGCGUAGUGCUCUCCUUUGGAGAACAUUUUUUACUACUGCAGUGGUUGCUGUGGUAUUGAGAGGCUUCAUAGGGUACUGCCGUACUGGUAAAUGUGGGCUUUUCGGAAAAGGGGGUCUAAUCAUGUUUGACGUAAGUUCAGGUGUGACGACAUAUAACAGUGCAGAUUUGGUGGCAGUUAUUGUUCUUGGAGUAAUUGGUGGCGUGUUUGGAAGCCUUUACAAUUUCUUUGUCGACAAGAUUUUACGUACUUACAGCAUUGUAAAUGAGAAAGGCGCACCAUUUAAGAUUCUUCUGGCUGUCACUAUCUCUCUCCUAACCUCAUGCUGCUCAUAUGGUAUCCCUUGGUUUGGAACUUGCACACCAUGCCCUUCCAAUAUUCAGGAACAAUGCCCUGCAAUUGGUCAAUCUGGAAAUUACAAGAACUUUCAGUGUCCCCCUGGCCACUACAAUGACCUUGCAUCCCUCUUUCUUAACACCAACGAGAAUGCCAUUCGUAACCUCUUCAGUAGUGGCACCAAUAACGAGUUCUACAUAUCAACACUUUUCAUCUUCUUUGCUUCUGUUUAUUGCCUUGGCCUUAUAACAUAUGGGAUUGCUAUCCCUUCUGGCCUUUUUAUCCCUGUCAUACUUGCUGGAGCUUCCUAUGGUCGCAUUGUUGGGACCCUACUGGGUUCAUUUACGGACUUAAAUGCUGGUCUUUUUGCUGUUCUUGGUGCUGCAUCUUUUCUUGGUGGAACUAUGAGAAUGACCGUCUCUCUCUGCGUUAUUCUGUUGGAGCUCACUAACAAUCUUCUAAUGCUUCCCUUGGUUAUGCUUGUUCUCCUCAUAUCUAAAACCGUAGCUGAUUGCUUUAACAAGGGGGUCUAUGAUCAGAUUGUUAAGUUGAAAGGUUUGCCUUACUUGGAGGCUCAUGCGGAGCCUUACAUGAGACAUAUGGUUGCAGGGGAUGUUGUCUCUGGACCUCUCAUUACCUUUUCUGGAGUGGAAAAGGUGGGUAACAUUAUCCAUGCUCUAAAGAUGACAGGCCAUAAUGGGUUUCCGGUGGUUGAUGAACCACCUUUCACAUAUGCACCGGAGUUGGUUGGUCUUGUGCUGAGGUCACACUUGCUUGUCUUGCUUAAAGGAAAGAAAUUCACGAAGGAGAGAGAGCCAACUAGGCUGUCUGAGGUGUUGCAAAGGUUUGGUGCCUUUGACUUUGCUAAAGCUGGUUCAGGGAAGGGAAUGAAGUUGGAAGACUUGGAUAUUCUUGAAGAAGAAAUGGAACUGUAUGUGGAUCUUCACCCAAUUGCUAACAAGUCUCCUUACACUGUGGUCGAAACAAUGUCAUUAGCCAAGGCUGCAGUGCUUUUUCGAGAACUUGGACUUCGGCACUUGCUCGUUGUGCCUAAGACUCCAGGGAGGCAUCCAAUUGUGGGCAUUCUUACACGACAUGACUUUAUGGCAGAACAUGUUCUUGGUCUUUUCCCUCAUUUAAUGCCUCACAAAAAGGCCUAAGAUCAGAUUAUUUGAUCCACUUCUUCAAAAUUCAACAUUGGCAGGAGAAAUUUGAGGGGCAACGAUGGAGUUUCUAUCAGUACCUGCAGGAGAUGUAGUAGAGAUGCCUCUGAAGAGAUUUGGGUCUGCAAUAUGCCUGUUUCUUCUGUUUAUAAUAUCCGAACUUUUCUUUAUCAUCACCUUGUUAUUUUCCUGCUAUUAUGAGCUGCUUUUUUGUUGUGUUAUAUUGGGUUAUUUAUUGUUUAUAUUGGAAAAAUAAAGUAUUUAGUUUUCACCAGAGGCCUACGUUCUAAAUUUUGCAUGUGGAAAGAAGAAAGAGGCCGGCUUGUAUCAUUAUAUUAACUGGUUGAUAGUAAAAUGCGAAGAAGUUUAUCUUCAUUGUAAAAA